CGCUCCCACUGAACAGGCCCCGCCCCUUUCCUGUGUCCCUCUCUCCAGGGCUGUGUGUUCUCCCAUUCAUGCUCAGCUCGGUGUGUUGCUGACAUCCCGGGGAUCCCCUGCUGCUCCUCUCUCUCCUCUCCUGGGCUCCUCACCCCCCCCCGACCCCAAGGACGCAGCUCUAUUCCCUUUUUUAUUCCUACUGCUUGUUUAUGUCUUGUUUAUUCUCUGGACCCCAAGUGCUGAUGCCUCCCUGCUGCAGCUAAACACUUUAUAUCCACCAUAUCUUCCUUGCAGCUCCAUCUCAGCCCCUGGAUUGUGAAUCUCUCAGGAUCUACAGCAGCUCCACCUGACAUCAGCUCAGCUCCAUCUGACAUCAGCUCAGCUCCAUCUGACAUCACACCAGCUCCACCUGACAUCACACCAGCUCCCCUCAAGCCAUUUCAGAGCCCCUUCAUCCCAGCUGCAGUUUGUUUUUAAAUGCCUUUCCCUAUAAUGAGGAGGAUUCUGAGGAUCCCCAAUCGAUCAGUGCUGGCCAUCCUCUUCCUCUUCUCCUUGUCCUCAUCUUUCCUCUACUUCAUCUAUGUUGCCCCUGGAAUUGUCAACACCUACCUGUUCAUGAUGCAAGCCCGCGGAAUUAUUAUCCGAGAGAACAUGCGAACGAUCGGUGCCCAGGUUUAUGAGCAAGUGGUCCGCAGUGCGUAUGCCCGGAGGAACAGCAGCAUCAAUGAUACAGAUUACGGACUUGAUUUCAAUCACAGCGAAUCUUUUCUCCAAACAACCACGUUCCUACCAGAAGAUUUCACCUACCUGCCCAACCAAUCUUGCCCCGAGCGACUCCCAUCUAUGAAAGGGCAAAUGGAAGUGAACAUGAGCGAGAUUCAGAUGAGCGAUGUCCGGCAGAUGUUCGCCAGUGAUAGAAUUCAGAUGGGGGGCCACUGGAAGCCUAGUGACUGCAUUCCACGGUGGAAGGUGGCGAUUCUCAUCCCGUUCCGAAAUCGGCACGAGCAUCUCCCUGUUCUUUUCAAGCACCUGAUACCAAUGCUUCAGAGACAGCGCCUGCAGUUUGCCUUUUAUAUAAUAGAGCAGGCGGGCAACCAGCCUUUCAACCGUGCCAUGUUGUUCAAUGUCGGCUUUUUAGAAGCAAUGAAAGACCUUGAUUGGGACUGUCUGAUAUUCCACGAUGUGGAUCACAUACCGGAAAACGAUCGGAAUUAUUAUGGCUGCGAGCACAUGCCAAGGCACUUUGCUGCCAAGCUCGAUAAGUACAUGUACCUACUGCCAUACAACGAGUUCUUUGGUGGAGUGAGCGGUUUAACAGUGGAACAGUUCCGGAAAAUCAACGGUUUUCCCAAUGCUUUCUGGGGUUGGGGAGGAGAAGACGAUGACCUUUGGAACAGGGUGCAAUACGCAGGCUACAACGUGACACGGCCAGAGGGAGAUCUCGGAAAAUAUAAAUCUAUCCCCCACCAUCAUCGGGGUGAAGUUCAGUUCCUGGGAAGGUAUGCAUUACUACGAAGAUCCAAAGAAAGGCAAACUAUGGACGGCCUCAGUAACUUGAACUAUUCUCCAAAUAUCACCUACGAAACCUUCUAUAAGAACAUAACGGUUCAUUUGAUGCCGGAGCUGGCUCUGGUGAACGAUUAUUAGGCACAGCAGAGACCUUGAAGCGCCUGCAACAUCCUUUUUUUGCCAAGAAAAAGAGCGAAACGUUUUUCAAAAUGAACGAAAACAAAGAAAAGGAUCGCCGUCGAGCAACAAGGAGAAUUAAACUUCGUGGAAGACUUGAGUGGGCCAGUUGCUGCUUUAUAUUUUUUUAUUUUUUGUUUUAUUAUUCCACUUAUUUUGUGUUCAAGUCAAAUACGUGGGAAAACACAAAUUUCUGUGAUCUUGCUUGGUCCGCCUGUAGCCACCCAGAGCUACAUUUUAAUCUUCUUGGACUGCAACGGGGGAAAAAAAAAGGAGAUCCAUUCGGCAACUCAAUCAAAUGUCGAUCAAAUGUCAUCGUUUAAAGGAAGGAAAAAAAACAUUGAAGAUAUUUUUUUUUAAUUUCCUGCUCAAAAUAUAUAGAUAUAUAUAUAUAUAAAUGUAUAAAUAUUUAUCACUUCUUAAAGGAGUGUCGGUGUAAAUAUAAGCUAUGAAAGUUCUUUAUUUUCUGUUUACAGGUAACAAACUUAAAAUGGAUGUUUACAUAUCGGUUCGUUAAGAAAUGCUGGUCUUAGAUGAAAAUGAAUUCGUAAUUUAUAACUGAAGUUGCCUUUGUGUCAACCACGGGAAUCUCCAUUCUUAUUUUACUGUAAUGCAUAUUUUUUGUUUUUCAUGAAGCAAGUAUUUAAGCAACAGAUUAGGCUUUUGAUGCACGUGGAGGGUUUUGACCACCAUGUGUGCUCUUUGGUCUUAACACAGGCUCAAAAUUCUACUAUAUGACGGCAGUGGGGCGAUCUCAGGCUAGUAGGGGAUUUGGACCCUGUUUUUAGACCUAUGGCGUUCCAAAAGCCUUGCCAAGAUGGCGUGAGUAUUGAAGCGGGACAGUCAGAUGUGAACAGUGACAUUAUUGAGUUGUUUCAAUGCGUGAGUUCACAACUCUGUCAUGAUAUAUACAUAUAUAGGAAUAAUUAUGGAACUCUUGGUGGCUUCUAAUGUUCAUGGAACUCCUUGGUGGUUCCUUAUGGUCAUGGAACUCCUUGGUGUCUUCUAAUGACCAUGGAACUCCUUAUUGUUUCCUAAUGGUCAUGGAACUCUUUUUUGGUUCCUAAUGGUCAUGGAUGCUUUGGAAAACCUCUAAUAGUCAUGGAACACCAAGGUGACCUCUAAUAGUCAUGGAACACCACGGUGGCCUCUAAUAGUCAUGGAACACCAAGGUGACCUCUAAUAGUUAUGACACACCAAGGUGACCUCUAAUAGUCAUGGAACACCAAGGUGACCUCUAAUAGUCAUGGAACACCAAGGUGGCCUCUAAUAGUCAUGGAACACCAAGGUGGCCUCUAAUAGUCAUGGAACACCAAGGUGGCCUCUAAUAGUUAUGACACACCAAGGUGACCUCUAAUAGUCAUGGAACACCAAGGUGACCUCUAAUAGUCAUGGAACACCAAGGUGACCUCUAAUAGUCAUGACACACCAAGGGGAUUUCAUAUUUUACACCCGGGUACAUUAUCUUAUGUUAGAUAAUACACAAGUUGCAGUGAGCCAUAUGACACAUAUAUCAUCACUAAUCACCAAUUAGAACGGAUGACUUCACUAAGCUCCAUAUUAAUGGCUCUUGUAUAUUAUCUGUAGAUUAGGGGUCCACAUGGUCGAUAAUGCCUUAAAGGGAAUAAAAUCCCUUUUUUCUAAGUAGACUUUCACAUGCAUUUGUUUUUCCUAAAAUAAUGGGGGCGUAACAGAAGAAUGCCAUCUUUGCAUAUUUAUGCAUGAGUGGGGGUUGCUGUAUUUUUUUUUCUUUGCAGUGAAGUUCUCCGUAACUGGGAAGCACCACUAGCAGUCAAAUACAAGACAGGUGAUCUGGACAGCAGGUGGAGACUGCCUCGGUAAAGAAAUGAAAUAGACCAAGUCUCACUUGUGUUCAAUGUAAAUAGGCAGAAAAAGUUAUUUGCACCCAAUACUCCAUGCCAUAUUUCAUUCAUAUUUUGGGGAAAUUCAUAGAAACUUUGCCUUAUAAACAAGAUAUGCCUUCCCUACAUUCUCCCCAUCUUAUCAUAGAUAGGAUUAGUUAUUUGUACCACCACUUCCCUUCUUAAUUUGGUAUUGGCACACUCCAAUCUAUAAUCUAGAGUUGCCAACAUCUCCAGGUAGCCAGUCCAUCUGGGGAAACUCUCAUCCCAAGGUCAUUCUUAUCUUGUCUUCAGUCAAGUGUUGUAGAAUAGAGGUGACCAGUCCUGAACCCCAUCUCUUGCUGUCUUUGAACAGGGAGAAGUGAAGGCUUUGUUAGCGCUGAGUUCCCUGGGAUAUAAGGUUUGCUUAAAUUCUCUGCUUCUUUUAUCAUUUGGACAUUUCCGUGGAAUUCUACUGUGGUUGACAGUCAAAGUAUUUUUGUUUUCCAUAUUUUACUCUGUUGCCUUUAACUUGAAUGGAUU